GAAAAAUUACAUCCUUAAUCCAAUCAUACAGUACCAUGUGGGGCUUACCCCACUGGGCCCUCACCAAGUCUCCAAAUCAGGGACUCACAUGCUCUGCAUAUUUGAGAGUGCAAUCGCACUAACAGAUUCGCUUCGCAGUGAGUCUGUAAUUUCACCUCAACUGCGUGGUCAUUUUCGUCAAUUGAAAUCUCAAAUAUGCGGCGAACUUAUCCACGACGCCCUAUUCCAUCACUCCAAAUGCUCUUAUGCUUCCGGUUACCCCUCCGAAAUUCCAUUUUUGCUGCUACAGACCACUUUUUCACAUUCCUCGUUCCCUUCCACCAAAUUGUCGUCUUCUUCUGCUUCUUCACCUUUCAACAUCUUCGUAAAGAUCAUCAAAAGGCCACUCCACUCACCCCAGAAACCCUAAAUGGUUCGUUUCUCUCUAGCUCACUCUGACCCAUCGAGAUACACCGUUUCAACUAAGCGAACAAUGAGCCGACUCAGGCGAAUCGACCUCAUCGAGCCUUGCUACUACCCUUCCCUCUUCGUCAGAGACACCUCAAUUAUUUCGCCCAAACUCCUAGCUUUCCCGUCAUUUGUAGAGGAAGAUUUCGAUCUCAGCCUCGGUCUCGACCUACUAAACCUUUCCCCCAGACCCAGCCCUCUUGAAUUCUUCGACUCGGUCACCGAUCUUGUCUGUGUGGAUGAAAUCCCGUCACUUUCGUCUUAUAGACGAAUCCAGCGAGUCGACAGGCUUGUAGACGAAUCUUUUUACUUGCAGAACCUGUGCGACCGAGUAGGCGUGCUGGAGUCUCGUUUCGAUCGGCUUCUCAACCCAAGGCUCAAUGGGGGGGACCGGAAGUACACUUGGACAGCGGAGAUCAAGAGCCCAGAGAAGGACGGCGCGGAUAGGAAAUACAAAUGGACGGCGGAGAUCAAAGAAGGGAAGAAGGAGGGAGGGGUCGAGAAAAACUAUAAAUGGACUGCCGAGAUAAAUGGGAGAGGAGUGGAGGGCCGUCCGACCGCACGAACGUACACGUUCAAAGCAUCAAGUGGCGAUGCAGGUGAUAAUAGCGGAUCGAAGAAGGAGGUGAAGAAGAAGAAGAAGAAGGGGGAGAGUGACACGCGUGUGGUGGAGAUCGAAGAGCCUGUAGAUCACGGGGCUGUGGUUUUAAGACAGGCCUUUGCCAAGAGAGUUGGAGCUGUUGUAAGGAACAAAGGUAAGAAGAAGGAACUAUCUCCUCAAGAUGCAGCAAUGAUGAUUCAGAUGGCCUUUAGAGCUUAUCUGAUCCGCAGAUCACAGGCUCUUCGUAACCUUAGAGAACUUGCUGUUGCCAAGGCCAAGUUGAAGGAGAUCAGAGCAUUGUUCAAUAAUUUCUCCUACCGCCGUCAUGUAGCCCAGGAUGCUGCAGAGCGUCAGAGGUUCUCCGAAAAAAUUAUUGUCCUUCUCCUUACCGUUGAUGCCAUUGAGGGAGCUGACCUCAUGGUGCGUGCUGCAAAGAGGUCAAUGGUGCAUGAGUUGGAAGCAAUGCUAGAUGUAGUGGACCCGCAGCCUCCUGGGAAAUCACUGUCCAUGAGGAGGAGGACUUUCGACAUGCCCGAUGGUGUGAUUCAUAAGGAAAUUGCAGCAGGUGUAGCACAGGUUGUCCAGAUGCUUAAUCGUGAAGAGGAGAGUGGCAGCACCUUCGAGGCAUGCCUUUAAGGACAUGGUAAACAUGAAAAUCACCGUUGUUAUAGCAUGUUACCGGGAAGAUGCGACCUAGUUGAGAAGAUUUUUGACUGUUUGGUUCUCUCAUGCAUUGAAUUGUGUACUGCUUGAAAUUUUCCCACAAAGUCUGAGAAUUCAAAUGA